AUGGCCGAAUCCAAAGAGGCGGAGCAGUCGAAUGCUUCAGAAUCUGACCAAGGGGAGUUCUUAGAGACAGAAGCGCCAGGAAUAACUGCUCAAACUAUGUUAAUUGCUAGCGACUCUUACGAAAAUUUAAAUUACGGAGACAUAGAUAUAGAUGAUGAACAGUUUCGAAGAAAAAAAGCAGGUUCAAUCCAUGCUAUUGUAAAGCAAAGUUCAGUGUCGGAUGUCAAUGAAGUAUCCACGGGAGAAGAAUCGGACCAGAAUGAGGGAAAUACAAAAGAUUUAUGCACAGAGGUUGGAAAGAUGACUGUGAAAGAUAGUGUAAAUCCAGCAGCCAUUGUCAGCCAAAUUUCAAUCCCUGAUGAAGAGGAUGUUGGCGAUGUUAAUAACUCAGUGUGGCGACAACAAACAAAACACGUUUUUAUUCUCAGUGAAGCGGGAAAACCAGUUUAUUCCAGAUAUGGCAGUGAAGAUAAGCUGGUGACAAUAAUGGGAGUGAUGCAAGCUCUCGUAUCCGUGGUGCAGGACAGUAAAGACAAUCUUCGCUGUAUCAUCGCCGGCGAUCACAAAUUUGUGUUUUUAGUACGCGACCCACUGUUGUUAGUGGGAGUUACGUGUGGGUCUGACUCAAUUCAGCAGAUACUGUUACAGCUAUCAUAUGUUCACAGUCAGGUCCUAAGUGUUUUAACGCACACCACACUUUUCAAAAUAUUCAAACAAAGGAGGAAUUACGACUUACGUAGACUGCUCACGGGAGCAGAGAAAUUCUUUGAUAACUUAUUAAACCUGAUAGACACUGAGCCUGGAUUCUUGCUAGGGGCUGUAAGGUGUCUGCCUUUAGAUAGCUCUGUGAGAGAAAUCAUUGCUCAAAGCAUUGUCCAGCAUGGCAAGGUCAAGGACCUGGUGUUUGGUUUGAUUCUUGCCAACAAUCAGCUGGUAACCCUGGUGAGGAUGAAGAAGUAUUUCCUCCACCCAAUGGAUCUCCAUCUUAUAAUUAAUCUGGUCAAUGCCUCCGAGUCAUUUAAAGCUGCUGAGUCAUGGACGCCAAUAUGUCUGCCAAAGUUCGACUCAAGUGGCUUUCUGCAAGCCCACGUGUCAUACCUGGAUGAGAGCUGUGACACCUGUUUGCUUCUGCUGAGUGUUGACCGGGAGUCAUUCUUCGCUCUGUCUGACUGCAAGACGCGCAUCAGGGAGCGGUUGUUAAAGUAUAACGCUCUCCAGGCAAUAGCCGACUCUCUGCAGAAGACGAGUUACAGUAUUCAGCAGUGCGGCAUCCCCAACUUGUGGCACUUCCUGUACAAGUCUCGUAGCACGGCACAGUACACAAGUCCUGAAAGAGAGGCUCCCUACCUCAGCCAAUCGGAUCAGGAGAGACUAUUUGGCUUGUACCAGUAUCUGCACCACAGAAUACACACGUCCGGGCGGCCACUGAAGAUACUCUAUCAUGUGGGACCAUACGAAACACUGCUUGGAUGGGUGACACAAGGUUUUGAGUUGUAUGCUGUGUUUGGGCCCUUGGUGACAAAGACUUGUGCAAUUCACGCUGUCAACAAACUGUUACGUUGGAUAAAGCGUGAAGAAGAUCGACUUUUUAUCCUCAAUUCCGUGACAUUUUGAACUGUGAUACAAAUAAUAGCAGAUAUUUGGUGCAAUCUUAGUUUUUCAACAAGGCUUAUUGUCUUCAGAUUCAGAUUGAAGUCAGCAGUGUUCAGAGGCUUAAAAACAGCCAUUGACAAGUUAACCACCUCUUUUGUCCAUUAGCAUUCUGUCAAUUUGCUGCCCUAUUUAUCUCUAUUAACUUGUUUUUAAAAAAAGAAACAGGGUGUAUGUUUGCUCUCCUGAAAUAUUUGUGAGAUAUCUUCCUCCUAGCUAUGAUUUUAAAGCCACUUGGUAGUGAAAUAUGGUAUUUAAUUAACAUCAACAUGUGGUUUAUUAACACAAGAUUUCUGUAUUGGCUCACCAAACAUCUGGUUUAUGAACACAAGAUUUCUGGGCCCCAAAACAUUUGGUUUAUAUGCACAAGCUUGUUGUGCUGACCUACCAAACAUCUGGUUCAUGAGCACACAAUUUUUGUAUUGGCCCACAUAACAUUUGGUUUACAUGCAUAUGUUUGCUGUAUUGGCCCACAAAACAUCUGGUUUACAUGCACAAGUUUGCUGUAUUGACUCAUUUUGUGUCAGACAAUUAACUGUAACAGGCAGUCAAGCCCACAUUACUGACAUUCAAUGCCACAUUACAUAUUAGUAUGUUAUACAAACAUUAGAUGCUCAAAGUGAAAUAAAUUUAGUCUACACCACCAAAUGUUCCCUGUUUAGAAUGAUUGCCUUUUUACGUGUAAGUAUACUUGUAAGAUUCAACAUUAAUAUUGACACACUCUUGAUGAAUUGAGGGUGCACAUUUUUUACUAAGUUUGCAUUUCUGCAUGCAAUCUAUGAUGGUCUGAUGGAUGUGGAUGGAUGACUGUUUAAAAUAAUUUAACUAAACUUACUGUGCUGAAUUUACAAAGCCUGUUUUAGACUUCAUGCAUGUUAAGUACUAUGUGUAUUUACAAUGAUUAAACAUCUGCGUUUAACAAAAAUUAAUAAAUUCAGUCAACUAUGUUUUAUUUUCAAAACACAGGGUUCAUACAAGUCUUGAAAACAGGGUCGGUGGAAAUAAUUUGACAUUGGGGUUGUGGAGUGGGUGGGUGUGGGAGGGGUUUCUCCCCUCUUGCAGAUGGUGCUGCAGGGGAGUUCCUGCUUGAAACAUUUUCAAAGAUAUUUACUUUCGGGUGAUAUUGUCGGAAUAUUAAACAGAAAGAACACUAAAAUAUGUACAAGUAUGUAUAAGUAUGUAUGUGCUGUUCAUGUGACACCUAGCACACCUGGAGUUUUUCGAAAGUUGCCAGUCAUGAUUUUUUAUAAUUUGCAAACUAGUGUUUUACUAGUGUUUGCAGCUAGUGAACGCAAUAUCCACUAAACUUACACAAUUACCCAUAGUGCAUAUUUUGAUUUGUUUUAAGGAAAAUUAAUACUUAAAAUUAAAAAAACAAAAACAUUGUCCCAGAUCCGAAUCCCCUGAGAAAGUAAUGGAUUGAAAUACUUGUUAUAAUGUUAAAGGCAUUUUCUAUUUCUGUGGAAAAUAGUUUAAAAUCUUAGGCAAUCAGAACUCUGUUCCCAUGAGUUUCACCUAGAUUAUCUAUUGUUCUGUUACAUUGCUUAUGUUUACAUACUCAGUAAUGUUCAGGUGAUCCACAGUGCACCACAUAACUGACUGGAUGUUUGUGCAUAUUUGAAAGUUGUGUUUAAAGGAUUUUUCUGUGUUCAUCAGUAUAAGGUAACAAUACUACAAUGUUUUGUGAAUUUUUUUAUCUCAUUUCGUGUUAUUUUAAAUAUGGUUUUCAACCAUUUUAAUUUUCCAUAACUUCCCUUAUGCAAUUCAAAAUGCCAUGAGAUUUUAGGCCUGCAAAAUGACAUGUUACAUAAUUUGGUAGAAAAAGAAAUGGUGUAUGAACCCUUCACAAAAACACAUUGUAGUAUGUUUGUGAUAAAAUUUAAGAAAUAAAAAUUCAUUUUAACUGUGAGUAAUCUAUUUUAAAUGAAUAUAUGGUUAACUGUGUAAAAGCUGUGUGGAGUAGUUGAGAUAAUGAACCGAAUUAUGUUCAUUCAUUUGAUGCAUUUCAUAUUCUAUAGUGAUACUGUAGUAAAGUUAGCACUUUAAACAAAAUAUUCACAUUUUAUAACCACUGAGAGUUAUAUAUUCAUUAUUAUUAUGGCUAUUUUGUUUUCAUUUAACUUCAGUCAUGAACUCUUGUUAGUGUAUUCAUGUUUGGGUUGUUUCUUUUAUGAUUUCUAUCAUAUUUAGUAUUAAUUAUUGCUUUCUGCUUACAAAAUACUAUUUACUUUGUGCAACUUUUGUUUUCUGUGCAUGCUUCAGAAAGUCUUCAAAUUGUUUAUAAUAUUUGUUCUUCUCAUUAAACAGCAGUCCAAUGUACUCAGCCAGCUACCCUCAUUAAACAACCACUUAUGUAAAAAGCUUCAUUGCUAUUCUGUAAAUCAUUCAUAGGCUUUGGAAGUUGCCACAAACUUAGGUGGCCAUUUGCUAUUUUGCAUUUUAGCUCAAUGAAGCCAACACAUACUCAGCUUCAAAGCCACCUCAGCUUCAAAGUUCGAGUGUGAGGCAAUGCACGUCCCCCACCCACGCCACCACUAAACACAUGCACACCAUCACCACCUGCUUUCGACGCCAUGUCCAUGUAACUCUAUUAACGUGCCUAUAUCCAACGAAGGUUCAGACACGUCCAUCCUGUGCCCAGCCUCUGACAAGACCAGUGGCUGGACGUAGGUCAACUAUUGUCAGAUGUAGUACAUUCUGACUGUGUUAGUAACUCAUGCAGUUAUUUCAAGGUUUGGCUUGUGAAAGUCGUAUGACAUGUGUUACGGGAUUAGGUCCAGCUUGUGUAGUCUCUACACCUUUCUGACACCGCGCUGCUGUAGAGAAAUACGUCUCCUUGUUAACACUGUGCCAACUCCAAUAUGAAAUGAAUUCUAGCCAUUUUGCCUGAUCCAUUUAUUUUAUUAAUUUUUGCUUUAAAAGCUUAAACUUUUGACAAAUGUAGAAACAGUGCAUUAUAGCAGAGGGGUUUGAUGACCUAACAAAAAAUGUUGAUGAUAAAUUUUUCGUACAAAAUAUUUUUUAUUUAUGUAUGCUUUAAGGCGGGCAAGAUGGUAUCCAAAGGCUCAAAAUUGGUGAGAAGCAGGUUGCAAUAUAAACAAUAUGCUUCCUGAUAAUCAACUUCACAAGCAUCUUUUGCUUUCCCGUCUUAAUUUCGACAAUAUUUAAGAUAUAUCCAGAAUUCUUGAUUUUCAAUCUCACAUUUUUGUCCAUGUUUGACUUGAGUCUUCCACAUUCAUAUUUAAAAACUUACACUACAGGUCUAAUUUUCAGACUAUUUUAUAGAACUGCUUCUCAAUUUCAAUCAUUUGCUUCUAUCCUGAAAGCUGAGAAGCAAAGAUUGCUGAAAGCUGAGAAGCAAAGAUUGCUUCCCACUCCAAAUAAUGAAUUUAGAGUCUUGGUACCCCACUAGUACACCAGUGGAAAUGUUGAUUAUUAUGAACCAGGUUUGAAUUAGUUUUCUGUGCUUUGGUAAAGAGAUAAUUCAGGAGGCCUAACUCAGAUUUAUGUAAGUUUGGCAUUAUCAAGGUGAUAAUAAUUAGGUUAUAUUGCGAUAUUGGAUUGAGUUGGUGUUGAGUGAGAUGUGAAUAAUACCUAACUCAACACACCUGUAAUUCCAGACUUAAAAUUAUAAGAGGUUUUUAGGUCCCCUUAGGUUGCAGUAGAACAGGUUUGAUUCUUGACUUUGAUUUAAACUAAGUUGGCCUAGUUAUUUUUGUUUCUUUUUAUAAAACAUUUAGCAGGUACAUAUGACUAAAUUCAUGUUACCAUGGCAGCUACACUAGGGAAGGCGAACAGUUAAACUUGUGUGCAGUGUGCCAAAUAUCUACCUACAUUUUACUGAUUGCUAAUGAGUUGUUGUUAUGUAAUAUAAAGAUUAUUUAUUACUGUUAACACAGUCUUAACUGUAUUACGAUCGCUGUCCAUUCAGCCUUCUCUCUGUUUAUACAUCUGACAUUUGCUUGCCUUGGACAACUGUAGCAAAGUCAGAAGGCAUGUCCAUGAAAGGCAUGCUUUAACAUUUCUCCAACACCCUUCAUUUCAUAUCAUAACACUUUCAUUGUCAACAGCCAUUCUGUCUCAAGCUGCUGGCAGAUUUGUUGCAGCAAUGUUUUGAUUGGCUGGAUUUAAAUUUAGUCUUUACUGAGAUCUAUGAAUGGAGAUAAGACCGAGAUGACAGUAAAAUCUAUGUUCAGUGAGAUUGUUGUUUUCAGAAUGUAUAUAUUUAUCUACUCAUGCACUGCAGAGUUCUGUAUAAUAAAGAGAAAUAAACUAUG